UUCAUGAAUCAGGGCGAGUGGGAGCUGCUCUACGUCCUCAGCCGCUUCCAGGAGUUCAGCGUCAAAAGCAGUGACAGCUACGCUGAGAUGAAGUUCUAUGUAGUCAUCCGGAGACGCCCCCUCUUCUACACCGUCAGCCUGCUGCUCCCCAGCAUCUUCCUGAUGGUUAUGGACAUCGUGGGCUUCUACCUCCCUCCCAACAGUGGCGAGAGGGUCUCUUUCAAGAUCACCCUCCUGCUAGGCUACUCGGUUUUCCUCAUCAUUGUGUCCGACACGCUGCCCGCUACUGCGGUCGGCACUCCCUUGAUAGGCAUCUACUUUGUGGUGUGCAUGGCACUGCUCGUCAUCAGCCUGACGGAGACCAUCCUGAUCGUGCGCCUGGUGCACAAGCAAGACCUGCAGCCCCACGUCCCCGACUGGGUGAGGCGCCUGCUACUGGAACGAGCCGCCGUCCUGCUCUGCAUCCGGGACAGGAAGAAAUUCAGCCAAAGCAGGACGCAGAGCUCCGACAUCUCCAGGCAGGUGGAGAACAACGACAGCACAG